AUAUUUCAGUGAUCUAUUAUGUCAUGAUGACGUAGAAGUCCAAACAGGAAGUGUAAACAGCACGCUUCAUUUUCUCCCCACAUGACCACCUCACGUUACAGCUGCUGUCGUCAGUAUUAGACAACAUAAAUGCCGGACGACUGAGCCACCAUGAGCAGGCUGAGCUUCAGAAACAUCACCGCCCUGGCACCGAUGGUCCGGGUGGGCACUCUGCCCAUGAGGCUGCUGGCUCUGGAAUACGGAGCUGAUGUGGUUUACUGUGAGGAGUUGAUCGACAUCAAAAUGGCCCAGUGUCAUCGGGUGGUGAACGAGGUGCUGGAGACGGUGGAUUUUGUCGCCCCAGAUGAUCGAGUGAUGUUCAGGACCUGUGAGAGGGAGAAGGACAGAGUUGUCUUCCAGAUGGGAACUGCUGACCCGGACAGAGCGCUGACCGUGGCCCGGCUUGUGGAGAAGGACGUGGCUGCUGUCGAUGUGAAUAUGGGCUGUCCAAAAGAAUACUCCACUAAGGGCGGGAUGGGAGCUGCUCUACUGUCAGAUCCCGAUAAGAUCGAGGCGAUCCUCAGGAAGCUCGUCACAGGAGUCUCCAUACCGGUCACCUGUAAAAUCCGAAUCCUGCCUUCGUUGGAGGAGACGAUCAGUCUGGUCCGGAGAAUCGAGAAGACGGGCGUCGCUGCUGUCGCUGUUCACGGCAGGUUGAAGGAGGAGCGUCCUCGCCACCCGCUCCACUGCGACUACAUCCAGGCCGUCGCUCGGGCUGUUUCCAUCCCCGUCAUCGCCAACGGAGGUUCUCUGGAUCUGGUGAAGAUCAACGCCGACAUCGAGGACUUCAGGAAGGCGACGGGCGCCUCGUCGGUCAUGUUGGCUCGUGCCGCCAUGUGGAACGCAUCAGUGUUCAGCAACCAGGGACCACUUCCUCUGGAGAGGGUCAUGGAGGACUACCUCAAAUAUGCGAUCCGGUACAACAACCACGCCUUCAACACAAAGUACUGUCUGUGUCAGAUGCUGAGAGACAAGGUGGAGUCUCCUCUGGGGAAGCAGCUGCAGGCGGCUCAGAACAACGCCGAGAUCAGCGAGGCGUACGGGCUGCAGGAGCUUUACCAGCAGACCCAGGAACAGCUGAAGGCCAAGAGGGACGCCCUGCAGAGCAGCAGCCAGCCGGACCGACUCGUGAUGGACGGAGACGUCACCACCAUGGCUGUCAAGUUUGAGCGGAGAGAGUAUCCACCUCACAUCACUCCAAAGAUGUUCCUGCUGGAGUGGACCCGCAAGGAGAAGCUGGAGCAGCCGCUGUAUGAGAUGGCGCAGCGCUCUCAGGAUCGAGCCUUUCAAUCGACCGUGACCAUAGCAGAGAAGAAAUACAGAUCUUCACUGUGGGAGAAGUCGAAGAAAUUUGCCGAACAAGCGGCCGCCGUCGUCUGUCUGCGAGUCCUGGAAAUACCGGAGGGUCGCAUCGGUGAGGAAGACUCCGGCCUGGUCUGCAAGAGGAAGAGGGAGGGAAAGCUGAACGGCACCACAGAGGAAGAGGGGAGCAAUAAACGACACGUGGCCGAUAUCCUACAGGAAACGGACAACUCCAAGAGCGCUACUGUGGCCAACGGUGACCAUCACAAAGCAGAACAACCGUAGACGUCAUGAAAGUCAUAAACUUUUAGUUUAAACUGAAAGACAGGAAGCUUCUCUAACCGUUGACAGACGUUUGCGUGAACCGGAAGAACAAAUGAAGGGAGUUUCUUUUUUUGUUUCUCUGCACCAAAAGCUUCUCAGUUCAUUUUAGUUUCCUGUCUGUACAUUUUUUAAUAAUCCUCGGAAUUAAGUUUUACGAUUAUUUGCUCUCAAACACAAACAGCAGCUACGACGUCGUAUUCGGGCCAUUUUAGGUCAUACAAAGGUAACAAAUUACAGAGCCGGAGGAAGGGUUUAGUAGUAUAGUCUGAGAAAAAACUUGAAUGUUCUCUGAUGUUACAGUCACAAAUUUACAAGAAAAACACUUUAACCACUGCGGUAACGUGAGCCGCUGAGUGCAAAAUCUGUUAAUUAUAUUAGUAUUUAUUUAUGUUGAUAAAAGAAUACAGAAAGAACAUGAAAUAAAACACGUUUAUGUAUUUUUUUCGACCUUCUUCUCGCUCAGGGUCUGUCCUUACCAUAAUAACACUACUUUAGGCCCAACAAAACUCAGACGGCGGUUGGCGAUACCACGGUUUUGCACUCGCCAGCUCACGUUAUCGCAUUAUUUAACGGGGAGAUGAGGUUGAUCCAACCUUGAACAGAGAAGCGAUGUGGUUCUUAGAAAAAAAGAAAAAAAAAAAUGUUUUCUGAGUUUUAUUCUCGUAAAUUUGUGACUUUAAUCUCAGAGAAUAUUAGAGUUUUGUUUUCCUCGUAAAUUUACGACUUUAAUCCGUCAUACAACGACGUAUCAGGGCCAUUGUAUGUAACAAAAAUAACAAUUACGGAGAAUUACGAGAAAAAACACACAAAUUUGCGAGAUUAUAAAGUCAUAGGUUUAUGAGAAAAAAAAUCGGAAAAAUACUGGACUGCAAACUGGUAAUAAAAAAUAGUUUUACGUACAAUGGCCCCUUAUUCGCUGUCGUAGGCUGAACUCAACUUUUAAUUUUUUUUUUCAUCAAAACUGUUAUCACAAACUGGGAUCUGUCCAGCACAAAAUACAGUCUUCCUCUGGGUCGUUAUUCACCCCUCCUGAUUUUCCAUAUCUGUAUUAUUUGAAUUUAAACCAUGUUUUUAAUUUAUGUUCAGAAGUAAACAUACAGCCAGUAGGGGGCAGUAACGAACCUUCAUAUUAAGGUUUUAUCAUUUCAGAUAUUUCAGAAAAACACAUUAAUUUGAACCUUGGUGCCUUACAGAAGAACUUUUUAAAUCCUGAUUUUUGGACGGACCUUAAACUCCUCAUUUGUCUCCUAAUUUCAUCCGUUAGUCUCUGUUGAAGACGACUGAUGCUGGAUUAAGUACUUAAUACGGUGCCACAUGUUUCUGUUUGUACUGGUAUCCACAUCUGGUUCUCAUUUAUACCUUUUCACCUGAUAAAUCCUCCGAAUGCUGCAGACACUGUUGGUUUCAUCUUCAUGUUGAAGGAACAGUCUGUGUUAUUUAUUAUUUUCUGGUCGUGUCGUUGCAGCCUGAUGGUGAAGUUGAUGUCUCAACUCAAACUAUUAAAAACACAUGAAAGAGCCCAA